AUGAACGCGGACGUGCUAUCCAAGGGUCUAUAUCUCCCCCCAUUGUCCUUGCCUGAUUCUCUUAAUUCGGCGCAUUGGUGUUAUACAAAGAUUUGUCCCAAAAAGCUUGAGUUCACAUGGACCAUUGAAAACUUCAGUCUCUCUGUUGCUGCACCGGGUGAAACAGUGGUGUCACAAACCUUCCCCGUUCAUGCCAACAAGGACUACGUAUGGUCACUUCAUGUGGCUCCCCAUGGCAAGUGUUCGGAGCUGCGAGACUACGUGUCCGUGUGUUUGGUGAUGGAAUCGAAGAGGCAACGAGAUGGUCAUCCUCCUCAAACCCCAACUGCCGCUGCCUCUCUCCUUCCCGCCCGCUUUCGAUGCAGUCUGCUGGAUCAACUCGACAGGGUGGCCUACACCAAUGAAACAGAGCGAUAUCACCUUGUAGGUCCAAAAAUGGGUCUGGGAUUUUGCCGUUUUGUUGAGCGAUCUCGGCUCUACCCACCACCAGGCGUUGACACGAGAAGUACGGCGGUGUCGGGGCGGAAGGAUGGUCCACCUGCAGCUUCUGCAACACUAACCACAAAUGAUCAUCUUCUUGUUGGACCCGGUGACCGCGUCAAAUUUUUUGCCGAGAUAUUCUGGAUUGAAGAGGAGGUCCACACUUCCGCCUCUGAAGACAUUCCCUCCAAUGCUGAUUCCAUGGACGGUUGCGACUGUCCUUCCGAAGUGCAGACGUCUACAGACCUUCACACCGACCUCGAACGCCUUCUCCUCUCCAACUGUCUGGCUGAUGUCACGGUUACUGUGGCUACAACAGCAAUGCAGAAGAAGUGUAGCAGCACUGCUCUUGUCGACAUCCCUCACCUUUCCUUCCCCAUAGCUUGCGACUGCAGUGACUGCGUAGCACCAAUGCAAGGCACCCUUGAAUUCCACGCACAUAAGGCAAUACUAGCUGCCGCAUCUCCAAAGCUCCUGCGAAUAUUCUCGUCCAGAAACGCUGGCCAGCUUCGUGAGGCCACGCGGAAACUUGUGUUUUGUGGUUCUGGCAUCAAUUCUGACGUGAUCCCGAUUUUUCUGCGCUACGUUUACACCAAUCGAAUUGAUCGGGCAGUGAGCCACACCCAGCUGGUCUCCCUCCUUCGGCUGUCCUAUCAGGUGAAGUAG